AUGUUUUUGGAAAUGCUGAACCCCAUGCACUACAAUGUCACCAUCAUGGUCCCGGAAGAGAUGCCUGUCAGCGCCAUGCCACUCCUGCUGAUCGUGGGCCUCCUCCUCCUGGCUUGGAAUUGUGAGAACACAUCCUCAGUGCCAGGUCCAGGGUACUGUCUGGGAAUCGGGCCCCUCAUCUCCCAUGGCAGAUUCCUGUGGAUGGGGAUUGGAAGUGCCUGCAACUACUACAAUAAGAUGUACGGAGAGUUCAUGAGAGUCUGGAUCAGUGGAGAGGAAACCCUCAUCAUCAGCAAGUCCUCAAGCAUGUUCCAUGUAAUGAAACACAGCAACUACAUCUCCAGAUUUGGCAGCAAACGUGGGCUGCAGUGCAUCGGCAUGCAUGAGAAUGGCAUCAUAUUUAACAAUAAUCCGGACCUCUGGAAGACGAUUCGCCCUUUCUUUAUGAAAGCCCUCACAGGCCCUGGUCUUGUUCGAAUGGUGGAAGUUUGUGUGGAAUCCAUCAAGCAGCAUUUGGACAGACUGGACGAAGUCACCGACAACUCGGGCUACGUGGACGUGUUGACCCUCAUGAGACACAUCAUGCUGGACACCUCUAACAUGCUCUUCCUGGGGAUCCCCCUGGAUGAAAGCUCCAUUGUGAAAAAGAUCCAGGGCUAUUUUAACGCAUGGCAAGCUCUCCUCAUCAAACCAAACAUCUUCUUUAAGAUCUCCUGGCUCUACAGAAAGUACGAAAGAUCCGUCAAAGACUUGAAAGAUGAGAUAGCUGUCUUGGUAGAAGAAAAAAGACGCAAAGUUUCCACAGCAGAGAAACUGGAGGACUGUAUGGAUUUUGCAACUGAUUUGAUUUUUGCUGAGAGACGCGGAGACCUGACAAAAGAAAAUGUGAACCAGUGUGUCCUGGAAAUGCUGAUCGCAGCGCCCGACACCAUGUCUGUCACUCUGUACUUCAUGCUGCUUCUCGUUGCCGAGUACCCUGAGGUGGAGCAGGCAAUAUUGAAGGAAAUCCACACUGUGGUUGGUGACAGAGACAUAAGGAUCAGUGACAUCCAGAAUUUAAAAGUGGUGGAGAAUUUCAUUAAUGAAAGCAUGCGGUACCAGCCUGUUGUGGACUUGGUCAUGCGCAAAGCCCUGGAAGACGAUGUCAUUGACGGUUACCCCGUUAAAAAGGGAACUAACAUCAUACUGAAUAUCGGAAGAAUGCACAGACUCGAGUAUUUCCCCAAGCCCAAUGAAUUUACCCUUGAAAACUUCGAGAAGAAUGUCCCCUACAGGUAUUUUCAGCCCUUUGGCUUUGGGCCCCGAAGCUGUGCCGGGAAGUACAUCGCCAUGGUGAUGAUGAAAGUCGUCCUGGUGACACUUCUGAGACGAUUCCACGUGAAGACAUUGCAGCAAAGGAGUAUUGAAAACAUACCGAAAAUAAAUGACUUGUCCUUGCACCCAAACGAAGACCAGUCCCUUGUGGAAAUAAUUUUCUCUCCAAGAAAUUCAGACAAGUACCUCAAACAGUAA